AUGCGGCUGUUUUAUAUAUCCACUCCACAACUCACUCCGCUCUCGGAAUGUCCGGGUGGAGGGUGGGCUCGAGGGAACAACAUCGAAGAUAAAAUUUGUUUUUCGAACAUCUGCGGGAUCAACACCAACAUUAAUGCUGUUCAUCACUACCUGCAAUCCAAUCGUCCCGCCGUGCUUUUCUUGGCGGAGACAAAAAUCUCAGAGACUGCACCGAUUAACCAUCUCAACUUCCCAAACUACGAGAACGGGGGAGUUGUGGCUUUUGUCCGCAGCAGUCUUGCCUGCUCCAGGGAUCUUUCUUUGGAAUCAGACCGGAAGGACAUUCUGUGGCUUCGCCUCAGCUCCAAAACAUCACCCAAAUUUAUUUGCUGCCUUUAUGGCUCUCCCUCGAACCAUAACUGGGAUGACCUACUCGAAUACCUCGCCGUCCAGAUCGACUUCCUGAACAUCAAUCAUCCCGCUUCAGAGGUAGUUCUUCUCGGUGAUUUCAAUGCCCAUAAUGAGCUUUGGUUGGGCUCAAAUAAGACCGAUGCAGCAGGUCGUGCAGUCGAAGCGUUCGCUCUUACUCAAGGGCUGACCCAGCUGGUCACGAGCCCUACUUUUUUCCCCCGCGUCUCGUCACACGCCAGUAGCCUGCUGGAUCUCUUUCUGACCACGCAUCCUGCCCCUUACAGCACUGCUGUCCUGUCCCCCCUGGGUAACUCAGAUCACGGUGUUGUGGAGGUUAGGUUUCGGUCAGAAGCCGCUGUGGCAGCAGAAACUCGCACAGGCCGCAAAACUUGGCAUUACGGACAUGCCGACUGGGAGGGGCUCAGAGACUUCUUCUCUAGCUUUCCUUGGAGAGAUGUCUGUUUCACUGACGCGGAUGCGUCGACUGUCUGUUCUUCAAUAACCGAAAUUAUCCACGUCGGAAUGGAGGAAUACAUCCCUCACACAGUGAAAGUUCCUAAACCAGGGUCCAACGGCUGGUUCAACAAAUCGUGCGACACUGCUCGCCACCAGAAGAUCAAGGCCCACAGAACCUACUUACAAAACCCCACUGUAGAGAACAGACAAGCCGACGUCGAGUCCAGAAACAAAUAUAACGAAGCGGUUCGCAAUGCCAAAAACCAGCAUGAUAUAAAAGUUAGGCACAGGGAAAUGUCGCAGCGCAAUGGCAGUCGGUCUUUCUGGACGCUGGCCAAGCAGAUUGAAAAGAACUUCUCACACAGUAGCCUUCCACCACUUACGUGUCAGGAUGGAACUAUUGUAUUCGACUCGAAGGCCAAGGCGGAAGUGCUAGCCAAGAUCUUUGCUGCCAACUCCACCAUGGACGUCCCCACCAACGCCCAAGUGCCGUCAAUUCAAAGGGUUCCCCACACUAUGCGGGAGGUAACAUUCAGGCAUAAGACCGCAAGACGAGUGCUCUUGUCGCUCAACAUCAACAAAGCUUCUGGUCCGGACUUGAUUCCUCCCAUUGUACUGAAGAGAUGUGCAGCGGAGCUUGCUCCAGUUCUUUCGCGUCUCUUCCAGAUAUCUUAUGAAUCCGGCACCUUCCCAGAAAACUGGAAAUUUGCUCAUAGGUGCAUAAAUCGCGAGCUUCUGGACUACCUCGAACGUCACAGCUUGAUUAGCGACAGGCAGUACGGUUUCCGGCACCAACGAUCCACAGGGGACCUCCUAGCUUACGUCACGCCACUGUGGAGUAAACUCAUCCAGUCUCAUGGUGAGGCUCAUGUCGUUGCUCUUGACAUCACGAAAGCGUUCGAUCAGCUGUGGCACGCUGCCCUCUUAAGCAAACUUCCAUCCUAUGGCCUCCCGGAAAAGCUUUGCAGAUGGGUGGCUGACUUUAUCUCUGGCCGCAAGAUAUCCGUCGUAAUUGACGGAUUCUCCUCUUCAUCCCACAACGUCAACGCGGGUGUUCCCCAGGGAUCGGUCUUGGCUCCAACACUGUUUCUCUUACAUAUCAACGACCUCCUUUCCUGCACGAUCAACCCAAUCCACAGCUUCGCUGAUGACAGCACUCUACAUGCAGGAAUUCAGAGUGACAAGCCGAUCUCUGCCGCUGAGCUGGAAAAAAGAAGACUAGCGACGACUUCUUCUCUGACAAGAGACCUGGAGGCUAUCACUGCUUGGGGACGCAACAAUCUUGUACAGUUCAAUGCUUCCAAAACACAGUACUGUACUUUGACGAACAAAAAGCGUCCUAGCGCUCAUACAGUUUCGAUGGACGGUCGAGUUCUACCAAAGAGCCAUUCAUUUCGGCUGGUCGGAGUCCAGAUCACCGAGGACCUGAUCUGGCACGAACACAUCUCUUCAAUAGCUGCAGCUGCUGGGAAAAAGCUAGGCUAUUUGUUUAGAGCUAAGAAGUACUUUUCUCCGCAUGACAUUCUCACUCUAUACAAGGCCCAGAUAAGGCCUAGCCUCGAGUAUUGCUCACACAUUUGGGGUGCUGCCGCCCCGACUACAUUGUCCAUGCUAGAUGCUGUCCAGAGGAGGGCGGUCCGACUGAUCGAUGACUCUUCUCUAACAGACAGUCUCGGGACUCUUUCGCACCGGCGGGUCGUCGGCGAUCUAGCUCUUUUCUAUCGCUACACCAACGGGCUUUGCUCCUCAGAGCUCUCUUCCAUGAUGCCGCCGCGCGAUGUGCCUGCCAGACAGACCCGCCUGACUUCGGCGUCCCAUCCUAACCGUGUCAAACUUCGUACAUCCAGAACUGGCCGAUACGACCGCUCCUUUGUCCCGAGGGUGUCUAGAUUGUGGAACAAUCUACGGGAGGAAGCUUUUCCCAGUUCUACUAACCUUAGGCAGUUCAAAAAUCGUAUCAACAAAAUUUCUGUACAUAAGACAUAA